AUAAGGAAACUUAACCUCAAACUGUCAUCAUAAACUGUAAUAUUCGUACGAUUCAUACAUUUCCGUUAAGCGGUACCGUUAUUUUCGUUAAAAUAAGGGAAGAAUAGAUAAUGGCAAAUAUUUCGCGAAGGAUAUUAGUAGAAACUAAAAAUUUAUCGAGAGAUCCACCGCCUGGUAUAAGUGCAAUUCCUGAUGAAACCAACUGCAGAUAUUUCCACGUAGUGAUGGCAGGACCUAGCGGUUCUCCAUACGAAGGGGGUCUUUUUAAAUUAGAAUUAUUUCUGCCUGAGCAAUACCCUUUGUAUCCGCCUAGUGUAAGAUUUUUAACAAAAAUAUAUCAUCCAAACAUAGACAAACUGGGACGGAUUUGUUUGGAUGUAUUAAAAGAUCAGUGGAGUCCGGCUUUACAGAUUCGUACCGUUUUGUUGUCUAUUCAAGCAUUAUUAGGGAGUCCUAACCCGGAUGAUCCUUUAGCUAAUGAUGUAGCUCGCAUGUGGAAAAAUAAUGAAACAGAGGCUAUUUUAAAAGCACAGGAGUGGACUCAACUUUACGCUUUGGGAGACUGAUAAAUUCAUAAAAUUCAAUGAUAUAAUAAAUGAUACCAAAAAAAAAAUGGUGUUUUGGUUGAAUGAAAAUGGUCAUUCCUACUUUUUUAAAUAUAUAUUAACUGUUUAAGAUAGCUGCAUUUUAGUGUUUUUUAUGAAACAGUAAAUGUGAUAAUAUGUGUUUAAUUUUAAUGUAAUAAAAAGUUCUGAUUCCGACCAAUUUUUGGUUUUUGCUAUAAUUUCAGUUUUAUUUUUAACAUAAAUGGUGUUUCUCUUUAAUACUUAGUUUAAUAUGCUUUUUAUUUUUGUUAGAUAUUAUUUGUGUAACGAAAAGAAAAAUAUAAAUAGUUUUAUGUAAAA